GUUUGGUGGUUGAGGUUAACAUAUUUCGCUAUUUCAAGGUCGAUGCGCAGAGGUGUUUCAUGCAAGAUCAUAUUAUUCUACAUUAACAAUGCAUAGCUCGACAUAUUCAUACAUUGCCGCUUUAUUCAUUUAACUUUUCUGAAGUUAAACAUGAUGGAAGAUAAAGAUCAACUACAUUGGUUAAACUUUAAAAUAGGUAAUCAGGAAACCAAUUAAAUAAAUAGCGUGGUCACAGACAUGCGAAAAAGAUCAAAUGUGACUGUACAUGUAAUGUACGUAAUUUGCAUUCACUUUCGCUUUCACAUACGGUUCCAAAAAGGAACAACUGCAACUGUAAUUGGUGCAACUUAAAUCUCCAGGAAAAAAUAACUACUGACGCAAAAUGGGGGAAUACAAAUACCCUUUGUUCUUCGAGGUGUCCAACCUAGACGAAAAACUACGGAAAAACAUCGAAACUUAUUUUCAAAUUCGAAGAAAGUCCGGUGGAGGCGAAUGUGGAUCAGUGGAGCUUACAGCUGGCGGUACCUGUAAGAUCGCUUUCAAGUAUGAAGAAGACCAGCAGAGAGUCCUCCAAAAGGGAACUCACACACUGGAGACGCCCAGUGGCCCAGUUGUGCUGUCAGUGCGUCAGGAUGCGGACUGUUCCACAGACUUUCUAAAAACACCUGCUAAAGCAACCUCAGAGCAAACGCAUCACUUCCACUCCAUCUCCGGGGCGCCCCCUUGUGGCAAAUAUAGGAAAGCCGUGCAGCUGGACCCAUACCUGAUUCGCUACCUGACAGAUAACAUUCAGGCUGGAAAUUACCUACAACAUCAACUCUCUACACUCUUCUACUCUUUCCAGCUUCAGCCUGAGACAGAGAAUAUGGUCGUGAAAGGUGCCCCAAGGCUAGAGGAGACGAGCCAAAUGGACACCAUGAUAAAUCGUGUGUUUGAGCAAGUGAAAACAAAAUAUUGUUGCCAUUAUGAAGCUGACCCUUUGAUACUGCACGCUCUGCAGAAUAGUCCCAUUCUAGCUACAAAGGAGCUCCAGGUGUACAGUGAGCCAGGGGAGGGAUUUUCAGUUUUAGUGGGGUCUGACGAAGAGGUGCAGGAGAGCCUGUCAAUGCUGGAAAAGCGACACAGAAACUCAGUGACACAGGAGAGAAUCAGCACGACCUGCAGUCUUGGGAAACCCCGACUGUUCCUGCUAGGGAAGGAUUUGGAGGAGCUAAAAAAGCAUCUCCCUGGGGUUAAGGUAUCUCAGACUGAUUUGGGGCAACUAGUGAUUGAAGGUCCAGCAGCCGAUGUCCUGUCAGCCCGCAAGAAGGUAACGGACAUGGCAGAAAAAGUACAGGAGCAGCUGGUGGCCGGGGUGUCCCUCAGGCUGCUUUCAUUUCUGAGAACACAGGGAGUAGAAACGCUGGAUGCCAUCUUGAAAGGUAUACCAGCAAAAACUGAAAUCACUGACACAGGUCUGUCUCUCUUGUCCCUGACCCAGAAGGAUCUGGGUGAUGCACAAAAGGCCCUUCUCAGUCAGUUCAGUGAGGAAGAGAUACCUCUUCCUGAUUCACUCACUCAGCUGCCAAAAUUGAAGGAGCUACUGCCGGAGAAGGAGCUGCAGCUAAACAAAGGAAAGACUAGGGUACAAGUAUGCUAUAAUAUGCACAGUGUCCAGCUGUUGGGUUACACUGAUUCGGUAACCAAGCUGAAUGAAGUGGUCAAGAGUUUCUUGAAGGACCAGGCUAUUCAGCAGUUCAGGGUGGCCCUUCCUUACCCCGAUUUGUCUGACCAAAUUAGUAAUCUGUUUGCCCUGCUUGACAUUGACAACUUGGGUAUUCAAGUUUCAAUUUCUGACACUCGCUCACCACCUGAGCUGAUUCUUACAGGACCCCGGCAUUUGGUAACUGCAGCUAGUGAUAGGAUGAGCAAAGCUUUGAGCUCCCUAGUCCAGGAGAUUGUUACUGUUGAUUCCCCAGGUGCUCAUCGUUACUUCAAGGGCCCAGGACAGGAAUACCUCCAAGUCGUUAGUCGCACUCAUCACUGCCUGGUCCAGAUGAAAGACUUUGAUGAUCCUAAGAAACCCAAGUACCAGCUGGAGGGAGGGCUCUGUGUGCAGGUGCGACUGGGUAAUAUUACCAAAGAGAAUGUAGAUGCAAUAGUCAAUGCAGCCAAUGAGAACCUAGAACACCUUGCCGGCGUGGCAGCAGCCCUGAGCUGGGUGGGAGGGCCGGAGGUACAGCAGGCUAGCAGGAAACUGGUACAAAGAAUUGGCAAGGUGGCCACCGGAACUGCAGUGGAAACCACACCUGGAAAGCUGCCCUGCAAGGUGCUGAUACAUGCAGUAGGGCCAACGUGGAGCAGUGCCAAGGACACGGAAGCGAAGGUGAUGGCACUGCUGGAAAAGGCGGUAAAAGAGGCACUCGAAUUAGCAGAGCGACGAAGCUGCCGCUCUUUGGCUAUGCCUUGUAUCAGUUCUGGCAUUUUUGGUGUGCCCGUUGACCUCUGUGCCAAGGCCAUUGUGAUGGCAGUGAGAGCAUUUGGGAGGAACCCACACACACUGCACACUGUCAUGCUAGUGGACAGCAAUGAAAAUGCAGUAAGGGCUCUGCAGUCUGCCUGCGAUGCAUUGCUUGGGGGGAUGGAUCCACCUGCUGGUGGCGCAGUGGAAAUCACAGACUAUAAGGAUCUGGAAAACUUCACAACUGCAGAGACUGUGGGCACAGCAGUCCCUGAAUCCUUAAUCCAGGUCAAAAUUACAGUAGGCACCAUUGAGGACCAACAGGUAGAUGCCCUUGUCUCACCCAUGCUGGGUGAUGCGCCCCUGUCCUCAAAGGUGGGGAAAUGCCUACUAAGUAAGGGGGGGAGACAAUUUUCAACUAGUUUGGAACAGGCAGCCCAGAGCUGGAAUACAGUGCCUGGGGGAGUGCAUGUGGUGGAUGGCGAAGGGGGGCUUGUUGGAUGCAGUGUCAUUUUUCUUCACUGUGUGCGCUGGGAUGGGGAUCCUCAAGGAGCAGCAGUACAGACCCUUCGUAAAGGUUUGAGGAACAUUUUGUGCAUUUGUGAUACCUGGUUAUUGGCUUCUGUGGCAUUCCCGAUGUUGGGGACUGGCAUCAGCCUGGCAUUUCCGCACCGAUUUGCUGCCCAAGUUCUGCUGGAGGAGAUCCAGUGGCAUGAACAGAACCGAACAUCAGCAGCCACUUUGCAAGUCCAUAUAGUCAUUCAUCCCAGUGACAAACAUUCCACAGCAGCUUUCCAGGCAUGCCAUGAUGUUCUGAACCUAAGGGGGUUUCAGAUGGCUAUGCUCCCGGACCAGACAUCUUUUUAUCACUGGGUCUCUGUCUCCCAGGAUGAGAUCACAGUCAUGAUGGGCAGUGUUAAGCUGCAGCUCAUCUUCGGCGACAUCAUUAAGGAAACAACAGAUGUUAUUGUUAAUUCUGCAAAUUUCAUUAACAAUCAAACUGGUGUCUCAAACACACUUCUAAUGGCAGCAGGGCAAAAGGUUCUGGAUGAAUUUAACCAAGUGCGAACUCAGGCCGACGGGUUGUGCACCACACAGCCAGGAUCAUUGGCUUGUAAAGCCAUUGUACACAUUUAUGUAAAGAAGGAUCUGCACUGUGUACAGAAGCUCUGCGGGAAGGUUCUGAAGUUUUGUCAACAGAAGGGUUACAAAUCAGUGGCCUUUCCUGCUGUGGGGGCAGGGGCAGCUGGGCUGGAUCCCAAGAAGGUCGCUGCAUCAAUGUUGGACGGUAUGGCCACAGUUGUGAGGGACUUGUCCCUUGACACCAUCUCCCACAUCCGUAUCAUCCUCCUUCUAAGGCCAAUAUUUGAGACCUUCAGGUGUGAGCUGGACAGUCGCAUUGGACAGAAGGCUCAACCUCCUACCUUGAAAGAGAGAGGCAAGCAGAUGGUGAAAAAACUUUACCAGAAGAAAAUUUUACUCAAGAAGUCAAAACAAGAAUCUCUUGGACGGCGACUGUCUUCCUUGCAUGCCCCGCCAGCCACAUUUUGUGUGACAGGUCCUGGGCUGGAGGCCAUCAGAAAGGUUCAGGAAGACCUUAAGAAUGUCCUACAAAGGCAGCUGUGUGAAAGGGAGUUGAAGUCUGAUGAGCUGGAACAGCUCACACAAGCAGAACUAGACUCGGUUAUAGACAAAGCACAGGGUCUGGAGCUUAGCAUCAAGGAAGUACGACCAGAGCAGGCAGAUGAUACAAGAAGGAGUUUUGUAGUCCAGGGGCUGAAAGAGGAGGUGUGGGAGUUUCUUGAGGUGGUGCAGCAGAUGAUGGGCACUGCCUUCCGCAAGAUAGUGCAAGAAAAGGACGAGGAACUGGUGGCAGUCAGUGUGAAGUGGUCAAUCGGCAGCCCUGGGGGGCAAUGGCAGGAACUAGAACAGAAAGCUAAUUACAUCAUUGAGAAAGAAUAUUUGAACAAUGGAACCACCUGUGAUAUAGAUGGUCCAGGAGAAGCAAAGCUCAAGGUGGACCUACGAAAAAAAAAGGCCUUUAACCAUAUCACAGGUUUCACCUAUCAGCUGAAGAGGGUAGAGGUUAUUACAGAUGUUAGCCCUCCUAAAUCCUGGGAUGUUAUGGCCCAGGGGGAGUUAGUGAAAAAAGUUCUCCUUCAGCCAGGCACAGAGGAAUACCAGGAAGUGACCAGCAAAUUCCUAAGCACAGCUGUCCAGCAAAUUGUACAAAUUGAGCGUGUGCAGAACAUUCACUUUUGGCGAGCAUACAGUGCAAAACUGGAGCAGUUUCGGGACAAGAAUGGGGAAGGCGAGAUUGGGGAGAAAGUACUGUACCAUGGGACAUCAGCUGGUGCACGUGCCUCCAUUGAAAAAGGGGGGUUUAACAGGAGCUUCGCAGGACAGCAUGGAACAGCCUAUGGAAUAGGUGUGUACUUUGCAGUGGAGGCAAGCUACUCAGCCAAUCCAGUGUUCUCGCCUCCAGACAAUGGAGGUCUGAGAUACAUGUAUGUGGCAAAAGUUCUGACUGGACGCUACACAGUGGGAAAAGCGAGCAUGAAGAUUCCCCCCUCGCGCCCUGGACCUGACCCGGAUGACCAAUUUGACAGCUUGGUGGACAACGACCAGAACCCCAAGAUGUUUGUAAUUUUCCACGAUGAUCAGGCUUAUCCCAACUAUCUCAUUACUUUCAAAUAAUCUCUGGCAAUUCCAGCAUAAUGGAUAUGACUGAUAUUAACAAAACAAAUGCCUGAGCAUGGGCAAGAUUAGUAUCAAUGAGUCAAUAUGCAUAUUUUUUCAUGUAACCUCUUGGUAUAUAGACAAAUUGUCAACAUUUAUAUAUUAAUUUACAUGUUAGAAAUACAUAGCAUCUUGCCAGUACUAUGGAUGUGAUAUCAAAUGGACCUUGGAAUGGAAUCCUCAAAUCAUAGUAUAAUCAUACUUCCUGUGACUCCUGCAGUACAAGAUAUUAGAACUUUUACCAUGAAAACACAUUGGUUUUUAAGAUCAUGCAUUUAAAAUAAGACAUGUGCUGUAUGUUUAAAGGGGCAGUUCGCCUCAAAAAUGAAAAUAGAUAUGUUUUAGAGGGGCUUUGGUACUAUCUAUCCAUCUAGGUUGUUCUGUUGGGAGCUGCCUAGUUUUGGCGAUAUCGGCCACAGAAAUGUCGGUCUUCUAUCGAAUAUAAUGGCGUUCUUUCUGUGGUGGUUAAAGUGGCAUAAAAAUUCAACAGCAAUGUCUCUUACCAGAAAUCAUAACCCAGUUAGCACAGACUAUGUAGUGAGCAGGUUAAUCUAGGAAUAAUUUUUUUUCUACCGAACUCCACACACCAAUCAUAUCGCUGUGCGGCAAAUAUCGCCGGGCUAUCGAGUAUGGUAGAAAUUUGGGGGUUUUAGAGUUUAACAAUCUUUAUUGCCGCAAAGCUUUGGGGGAACAGACACUCAGCAGUUUCUCAACAAAUACACAAACCUUUUAUAGUGAAAAAACACGCCAGUGUGUAGUCAGUUCAAGGAGAGGUCAGAUGUCUGUAGACACCAGUUACUUCUGCUUUUAUCAGUUCAAGGCAGGGUCAACCUGUAGAAGCCGAUUGUUCUCAUGGUUUCACUACCUCAUCUCAACAAGCUGUUUUCAGUUACUUUCUUCAUCGUACUUCCCCUAUAUUCCCUUAUGCCACUCUCUACUUAUCCUUGACAUAUGACAUCAGCACACAAAUGUCUAAUAUUGGUAUCUGUAACAGUUUUGACUUCUUGGAUCAGGUUCAGCACCUUUGUCCGGUCUUAUUGCAGAUUCAGCCAUCACGUAUUAGUUCGUCAUAAAAUGCUUCUAAUUUUAAAAGUGAUAAACCCGUUACUUCAGCAAGCUUGCAUUAUUGCAUUACAUGUUUAGCAUAAUAACAAUUUUAAAGCAGCAAUUAAUCAUUAUAAUCAUUGUAAUCAUAUCAACAGUGUCAUUAUGAAUUUCUUUGGUAAUUACUGAUUGAAAUUACAAUUGUACUUGCAUUAUCAUUGAUUUUUCUACCAAAGGAGUCAUAGGAUUGCAUAGAAAUAGAAUAAAUCUGCAAAACAAGGAAAUAAAUGUUGAAUAUGAAAGUGAAAUACAUGCAAAUAAAAACAAG